AUGGCAACGAGACAACAGCAACAAAUUGAAUCCCAACAUCAGAUAUUAGUAGCCAAAGAGCAAAGACUAAGAUACCUGAAACAUCAAGAAGCGAGAACGCAUCAAGUGGCAGCAGAAAAUGAAAGGUUAAGAAGGUUAAAAGAACGGGUCGAAGCUCAGGAAUUAAAAUUAAGAAAAUUGAGAGCUUUAAGAGGUCAAGUAGAUCAGGACAAAAUCAGUAACGGUACUUUGACCUCUGAUUUAGACACUAUAAGAGCUUUGUUCAAUGAAAAAGAAAAGGAAUUGUCGUUGGCAGUGGCUAAAGUCGAAGAAUUAACAAGACAGUUGGAGGAAUUAAAAAGAAAUGGACGGACUAAAGAAGCUCAACCAACAGCGACAGCUGCCUUAGAAUUAGAUAAAUUACGACGGGAACUUUUGUUUCGAAAUAAAUUAAAGGAACAACAAAAUGCUCAACUCAAUCAACAACGUGAUGCAUUGACCCAAAGGCAAGAAGAAAUAAAUUCAAUAGACAAAAGAAUAACCGAACUUCAGGACAGGCUUCAAAGGAAAAGAUUAUUAAAUCAACAAUUGGCAAAUCAAUUGCAUUUCAACAACAACAACCAAACUAAUGUUGUUAAAAACAAUAGUGAUAACAACCAAAAUAAUAUCAAUAACGUCACUUCAAACGGCAAUAAUAAUAAUAAGCAAAUUUUAAUGAGCAGCAUAAGAGGUUCAAAAUCAGCCAUUGGAUUAUUAUCAGGUUAUCAGGGUCAACGUCAUAAUGUUGCCGCCGUUGAACCUUUCAUACACGUACCAAAUGCUUAUCACCAUCAGCGAACCGGUCCUGAUUUAAUUAAACAGAACUCUGAAGAUGUUCCUAAAAAUAUUGUUUAUCAAAAGCAAAUAUUAAAACCUCCUUUGACGAAAGAUCAUCAUUCGGAAGAUGUUGUUAACGAACUAGUCGAAUACAUUCCGGAAUUUGGUGCGAGCAAACUCGAUCCGAAAUAUCAAACCCUUCCGUACAACACGAAAUUCGGUAUCAAUCAACACAAAAAUAUCGGUCAUCAAAGUGUCGGUGAUGUUACUACAAUUGAAAACAACAAUGAUGGAUUAUACGAAAGGAAUACGGGGAUUGUGAAUCCGGUGGGCCAACAACAACAACCACAACAGCAACCACCUCUCAUGACCGUUCACAACCCUCAUAUUUUACCUCCCAAUUUGAACAACAUUAAUCGAAUACCGAAUCAUUUGAAUCCCAGGAUAUAUGGACAACAACAACAACAACCACCACCACCACCUUCGCAAAUCAAAGGACAACCCAUGGGAACGUCACCGCCGGUUAAUAACGUAUCAACAUCAAAUUCCAGUGGAAAACCGAUCAGUAGCGUAGCCCCGACGAGUAUCGUUCAAAAAUUAUCACCCAAAAAUUUUUUAACAUCCAUAGAUAAACCCAAUCCAAGUUCAAUUUAUCAAACGAGUUCGACAAAAAUUUUACCCGUACAACCACAAACGUUGGGAGGAGAGCAAUUGAUAUCGAAUCAUUUGAUGAUAGCAGAAGGAACGGAAAGUAAAAAUAAAAAACCAGCUUUGCCUCCAAAACCGGCGGUACCAAUCAAACCAAGUCCACCGCCACCUCCUCGAUUGGGUCAUCCUCCCGAAUGUCCAGAAUCGAAAGGUUUCGUUGAAAUCACGGCAGAAUCUCUUGAUCAAGCUCUCGGUGGAAAAUUACCCGGAGUAGUAUUAAAUUGUAAAAUGGAUGAAGUGCCUUCAAACAGGGAACCAUCAAGAAGUCCUACUCCGCCCCCGCCACCUCCUCCAACCUCCGAACCACCACCAGACGAUUAUAAUUCGACAAUGAUGAUGGACAAUUUUGAUUUGGAUGUAAAAGAUGAUAAAUCCGUUAACGUUGAUAAUAAUAUAUCAAACCAAAGUUCAAAUUUAGUGAAUUCCAAUGAAUCAGGGACGACUUUAAUAAACAAUUAUAUGCCGCCGGCAUUUAUGUAUCCGGAAACGGAAGUAAAUAACGUUAAAGAUGAAAAUGAUAAAUAUAUAAUGGGUAAAAAAUUUGAAGAAACGGAAGAAGUUGUUUUGAAAUAUUCAAACGAUUCACCGGAAGUUCAUAACAAUAUAGGAAACGGAUGUAGACGAGUAAGUUUCGAUCCUCUCGCGCUUCUUCUCGAUGCGUCAUUAGAGGGUGAACUCGAACUUGUUAUAAAAACGGCGUCGCAAGUUGCCAAUCCGAGUGCUGCCAACGACGAAGGUAUAACGGCUUUACAUAAUGCCAUUUGUGCCGGUCAUUUGGAAAUUGUUAAAUUUCUUGUAGAAUUCGGUUGUGACGUCAAUGCUCAAGACAGCGACGGAUGGACUCCUCUUCAUUGUGCUGCUUCGUGUAAUAAUUUGGCAAUGGUUCGAUUUUUGGUCGAACACGGAGCUUGCAUAUUUGCAACAACACUCAGCGAUCAUGAAACGGCAGCAGAAAAAUGCGAAGAAGACGAAGAGGGAUUUGACGGAUGUUCAGAAUAUCUUUACAGCAUCCAAGAAAAAUUGGGUAUAUUAAAUAACGGUAUGGUUUAUGCCGUUUACGAUUAUACAGCUCAUAAUAAUGAUGAAUUAAGCUUUAGCGAAGGAGAUCGUUUGAUUAUACUCAGGAAAGGGGAUGAAAUGGAAAGGGAAUGGUGGUGGUCGAGGUUACAGGAUAAAGAAGGUUACACACCGAGAAAUUUAUUAGGGGUAAAAACAACAAUAUAA